AUGGCGGAUAACACACGUAUGCGCGACAUGAAUCAGCGUCUAGACACAAUGGAACAACAGUUCGCAGCAGCAGAAUCUGUGCGUACACAACAACACUUGACGCUACAGGACUCACAAAACAAGUUACAGGAAGCUCAAACACAACAGAAUCAACAAUUGGCAUUACUCAGGCAAGACAUCCACAGGAUCCUGGAGAACCAAGCAAACGGACCAGGCGUGCUAGGGGCAGGCCCCUUCAGAAACCAAAACAAUCCCGGCCUUAACCGCACACAACCAACGAAAAUAACAUUUCCCAGAUUUGCCGAAGGUGAUCCAACUGAUUGGAUUUUUUGUGCUAACAGAUAUUUCGAAUUUUAUCAGAUACCCGAAGCGGAACGUGUACUGCUGGCUUCGUUCAACCUGGAUAAACCAGCCAACUCAUGGUUCCAAGGCCUGUUCAACGAUGGAUUAAUCCCUAAUUGGGCCGCAUUCGUCAUAGCCGUACAGAGACGUUUUGGCCCCUCAGAGUUUGAAGACCCGGCAGUGUGUCUUGCAAACCUCAAACAAAACGCCACCGUUAGCGACUUCCAAGCCAGUUUUGAAGUCACGGCAAGCAAAGUACCUGGCCUUUCCCCUACACUGAAAAGAGCACUCUUUGUUGCCGGUCUUAAACCACACAUAAGGAGGCAGGUCCUGAUCCAACAACCACAGGAUGUUCACUCGGCCUUUUCACUAGCAAAAAUUUACGAGGAUAACCACACAGAUGCAUCGACAGGGCUCAAAACCCAACGCCAAUGGACCCCACGUUCCCCUUUCGCCCAGAACACUACAGCCCACCAACCACCUUCUAGCAAAACUACAUUAACCACACCUACACUUCCUAUUAAGCGCCUUUCACCCGAAGAGAUACAACGCAAACGUGAACAAGGCCUAUGUUACAGUUGUGAUGAGAAAUAUGUGUUUGGUCACCGAUGCAAAGGAAAAGCUACAUUACUAUAUUUCGAGGGCACAGAAGACGACUACACUCCUCCGCCACAAGAAGAACCACCUGAUUCUUCUAUUCCAGAUAAUAAUUCUAAUUCCUUUUCUGAGAUCAGUUUAAAUGCUCUUUUUGGUCACUACUCCCCACGUUCAUUUCGUUUAACAGGAACAAUAUUUGGGAAAUCAGUUCAAGUCUUAAUAGAUGGGGGAAGCACUCAGAAUUUCAUCACCCAUAAAAUGGCUACCUAUUUAGGCCUGACAUUGCAAGCCUUGGAUACAUUUAAUGUCCAGGUAGGAAACGGUGAGGGACUCCAAUGUAAGGCAAUCUGCAAAGCUGUCCCACUAAUUAUGCAAUCCCACACAUUCACUCUAGACCUAUACUCCUUGGAAUUAAAAGGUGCAGAUAUUGUUCUUGGCAUUCAAUGGCUGAGUACACUGGGACCCAUUCUCACCGACUAUAGCCAAUUAUCAAUGAACUUUGACCACAAUGGCAACAAUAUUCAACUUCAAGGCCACCGUCCUGACAAUCCCAUACUCAUAUCAUCGGCCAAAUUGAAUAAACUCCUAGUCACCGAUUCGUACACUUCUUGCCUCAUGUGUUUCAACCACACACCAUCACCCAUUCCUAGCAACCCAACCGCACCAGAUACACUACCCCACCAUCCCAUAACCGCCAUUCACAAAUUACUCAACAUUUACAAGGAUGUGUUUACCAUUCCCCAUACCCUACCACCCAACCGCCCAUACAACCACCAUAUUAACUUACUACCAAACACUAAACCUGUCCAAGUUCGACCCUACCGUUACCCCCAUUUCCAAAAAAGCGAAAUUGAAAAAUUAUGCCAAGAAAUGUUAUCGGCAGGAAUCAUUCGUCCCAGCCAAUCUCCAUUCAGUUCACUGGUACUGUUAGUGAAAAAGAAAGAUGGCACGUGGCGAUUUUGUGUAGAUUACAGAGCCUUAAAUGCGAUCACGGUCAGAGACCAAUUUCCUAUACCAACCGUAGACGAACUGCUGGAUGAACUACACGGUGCAACUGUUUUCUCAAAACUUGACCUCCGAUCUGGUUACCACCAAAUUCGCAUGCAUCCGGAGGAUAUUUAUAAAACAGCAUUCCGAACACACCACGGCCACUUUGAAUUCAUGGUGUUACCAUUUGGGCUGUCAAAUGUCCCCUCCACAUUCCAGGCAACAAUGAAUGAGGUAUUUGCUUCAAUCCUUAGACGUUUCGUGGUUAUAUUCUUUGACGACAUCUUAGUGUUUAGCCCAACAUUACAAACACACGUCACACACCUAUGCCAAGUUCUAGACAUUUUGAGGAAGCAUCAAUUAUAUGCAAAAUUGUCUAAAUGUUCAUUUGCCACAACCUCUAUCCAUUUCUUGGGACACAUUGUAUUUGGGAAAUGA